AUGGCUUUGCAGAGUCAGCAGGGUGAAAUUGAUGAAGAUUUUGUUUUUACAGCCCGUCUAGACAGCGUGAAAAAUCUCGUAAUGCUACUGAGAGCCAUCCAUUUCAAAGAUCAUGCAAUAAUAUUUAUGACUGACAGAGGACUCAAAGUUAGCGUCGAGGAUAGCAAGUGUGUCCAGUUGAGCGCAUUUAUACAGGCAGAAGUAUUCGAGGAAUAUACGUUGACGGAACAACGAAUCGUAUUGAAAAUUAAUCUAGAAAUCCUAAUUGAAUGCCUUAAUGUAUUUGGAAGUCAUAAUACAGCUUUGAAGAUGUCGUAUAGGAAAUACGGUUUCCCUCUGACUCUUCUAUUAGAAGAGGAUGGAGUUGUGACAGAUUGUAGUAUUCGUACCCAGGAACCAGAAGAAAUGUUGGAUCUUGAUACUGAAAGUGCACAUGUACUAAACAAAGUGAUAGCUAGAGCUGAUAACAUGAAAGAUGUUGUAACUGAAUUGGACUCGACUAGUGAAUUUGUUGAACUUUUAUUGUCACCUGAUCCUUCCUACUUCCGUCUUGCUACAGCUGGUAAUGCGGGUGAUACAAAGGUUGACAUUUCCAAGGAUAGUGACAUGACUGAAUCUUUCAACUGCACCACAACUACUGUUUCAAGAUACAGGUAUUCUUUCAUCAAGUCUCUGCUGAAACCAUUGACUGUCUCCCGUAAAGUCUCAAUUCGAAUAGAUGAUCGUGGGCUCCUCUGUUUGCAGUAUAUGGUUCCUGCGCAUACGUACACUUGUUUCAUUGACUACUUUUGUACACCUAUUGCAGAAGCUGAUGAUGACUGAAUAAUUUCCAACUGAUUACAAGUGGCUCAACAUGUCUGACGAAGCAUU